GGCGCGGGGCCUGCCGGCCGCGGGUGAGGGGGAGCGCCAUGGCGGCGGAGGGCAAGGUGACGGGGCAGAGCCAGGAGCAGUUUUUGCUGCUGGCCAAGGCUGCCCGCGGCGCCGCCCUCGCCAGCCUCAUCCACCAGGUGCUGGAGGCGCCGGGCAUCUACGUCUUCGGGGAGCUGCUGGACAUGCCCGCCGUGCGAGAGCUGGCCGACAGCGAGUUCGCGCCCGUCUUGCGCCUGCUGACCAUCUUCGCCUACGGGACAUACGCGGACUACCUGGCUGAGGCAGCAAACCUCCCUCCUUUGACAGAGGCUCAGAAGAACAAACUGAGACACCUGUCAGUUGUUACUCUGGCUGCCAAGAUCAAGUGCAUCCCUUAUUCAGUGCUGCUGGAACAGUUACAGCUGAAGAAUGUUCGGCAGCUGGAGGACCUCGUGAUUGAGGCUGUGUAUGCAGAUGUGCUGCGUGGAAGCCUGGACCAGCGGAACCAGCGCCUGGAGGUGGAUUACAGUAUUGGGCGGGACAUCCGGAGGGAGGAACUAAGCACCAUCACCCGCACCUUACAGGAGUGGUGCCAAGGCUGUGAAGUUGUCUUGUCAGGCAUUGAAGAACAGGUUAGUCGAGCCAACCAGCAUAAAGAGCAACAGCUGGCACUUAAGCAGCAGAUAGAGAGCGAGGUGGCAAAUCUGAAGAAGACAAUUAAAGUGACAACAGCAGCUGCUGCAGCAGCUACAUCCCAAGACCCAGAACAGCAUCUAACAGAGCUCAGGGAUCCAGCCCCUGGCACCAACCAGCGCCAGGCUAGCAAGAAAACUUCCAAAGCCAAGGGGCUCCGAGGCAGUGCGAAGAUUUGGUCUAAAUCAAACUAGUUGGAUCUUCCUUCACAACUGGGAGGAUUAAAUUUAAAGAGCCGUAGAAUUGUCAGUCACCUUUGCACCAUUAGGGCAUCAGAGAAGCUUGGAAAGAGAGUGCUGGUGCUCAGCAAUCAUUUUGGCUUUAUGAGACCCCUGGGAUGCUUUGCUCCAGGAUGCAGCUGCCAUUUUUGAUUGUUUUAUCUUUGUUUUGCUGGGUGGGAGGGUAGUUUUUGAAGGGAUUCUUUUAAAAUAUAUAAAUAUAUUAUAAAUACCUUUAAAACAAUAAAAAUAUAGAUCUAUGGACAUAUCUAUACAGA